AUGGCCAUCAAGCCACAUCAGGCUAGCUGCAGUUGGCCAACGACGCAUCGGCUUUCACUCCAACACGCAUCCGCCCGUCAAUUUGAACAACAGCGGCUGGAUCGAAUCCGCCUUGCCUUGCGUCUGGCUGGACCUACAAGCUACCUACCUCAUGUGAAGCGCCUCAGGGACCGGUCGCGCUUGUACGCCAUUCCUGAGGAGUCCAUCACUUCGGUGGGGUGGUUGCAUUAUUUACAACUUAAGUCUCGAGGCGGCACUGAGCCGUAUAUCUCAUACAAACUGGCGAUAGCCUGCCAACCCCUCCCCAACACAGUCGAUUUCCGCGGUAGAAUGGAGCAACACGAGGAUAUUCCGUGGCACCGAAAGUCAAAUCACGAGGCAUACAACAUCCGUCGAAAACCUGUCGCACCAAAUACCUUCAGCUACGAGUCCAUGUACCUAGAGACAUCGAGUGGUGCGGCCACUAACCAUGGCAUAUGGAGGCCUCGCGAAGAGACAAAUGCCAGUACGAAUGGCUUGCUGGAGACUAGGGCGAACGCAAAAAUCGCUGCCAACGACAAAGAGAACAACAUCAAAGAAUGUGCGGGUCGAGCACCUUCAUGGCGCCCGGCUUGGCUACGUCCACUUGUGCUAGCACUGUUUGCCAGCCUCUUCGUCUUUCUCUCUAUGGCGCUGGCUGCGAUGCUGUGGUACUCAAAUACGAACAAUGGACUUUUCGAAAGUCGUCAGAGUUUAUUACACACUUAUCUGUGGCGAUUUGUGCCGACUGCAUUUCUCACGAUUUUGACCAUCUUCUGGGCCAGAGUCGAGCUACAAGCUAUGAUGUAUAUGCCUUGGAUCUCUCCACGAUCGGGUUUCUCGCCCGGAGAAAGGGAUCUAGCACUCGACUACACCACGAUGUUUCUACCUCUCGUUUUCCCCCGGUCAUUCCGUCAGAAGCACUAUCUUGUUUUUAUGGUUGCUUCAAUCUCUACCCUUCUCAAGGCCCAAGUUAUCCUAGUUCCUGGAUUAUACAGCCUCGUGGAACUCCAGAUUAUAAGUCCUGUCGAAAUCUUCUUGCAAGAUACUUUUGACUUGAACCUGAUUACGGACGCUACCUACGCAUUAGACCCGACUCCCUACUACCUGGCACGGGCACAAAACGACUUCGACGUGGUCCAACCCUACGGGGUCGCGGAAGGGUUUGCGUAUCAAACGUUUUUCACCGGGAACGAUCUUGGUCGAGGAACUGUCGCCAACCCAGUAACGGCCACCGUAGAUGGGAUUUUUACAGAUACCGAAUGCCUCAAGUUGAGCUCAUACUCUAUUGUUGAGCAGCACAACAUCGACAACAUUGAGGGCAGGGGUUACCCAGAAAUGAAUUUCACCGUGGCGCUUCAGUUUGAUGGAUGCGAAGAACCAAUACUCUUCGUACACAAUUGGGCCUGGCAGGAGCCUGAAUUAGGACCCUACACAGAUUGGGUCAUGGAAGGGGACCAAAAAGUCCAACGACCCUGUUCUGGAUUGCCUCUGCAAGCGCCAGCUUUCAUAUACUACAACGGGGCUUUCACUCUGGAGGGCGACGAGAGCUCGCCUCUAGCAGAGUAUCACUCAGCGGCGGGUGUCAUCUGCGAGCCGCAUGCUUGGCUGUCGAAAGUUCGGGUCACCGACGAUGGAGUGAAGCCGAAAGUGAUGGCAGUCUCCGACGAGCGACAAAUUUUGUCCACGCCAAAUAUUUGGACAAUGAUUAACAUGUCGCUCCCGACCGGUGUCCGCUGGACCGGUCGAAUACUUGCGGACUUAGGUCCAGUCAGUGUUGAUCUUGACUUCAGGGGAUACACGAGGGCCGACUGGCCAAAAAAUAUAACGACCGACAUGUUGCAAGGCUCAGCCCAAAACCUUACACAUCGUCUUGCACCCUUUGUAAACCACCGCCGCGUUCGACAAAAGAAGAGUUCCACAGGAAGUGGUACAUUGCUGCAGCAUGUCGUCCGCCUUACCGUCAACCCCAAGAUUUGCCUCUCAAUGAUUGUGCUCUUCGUUCUCAGCGCUGGUAUCACUGCAUUCCUACUUUGGCAUUACUACCGGGACACCUCGAUCUGGCAUCGCGAUCCGGCGACGCUCCUCGGGAAUUCAAUGUUUCUCAGUGCUCACCCCGACCUUACAUGCCGGGCUGCAGAGAUCAACGGCGUAGCGUCAGGAUGGCACCACGGCGCCUUUACGCCCUUGGUAUUGAAAACGAUACCUCGUGUGGUAUUUUGCAUCUUUACCAUACUGCUGGCGGGUAGUCUCAUUCUCACCCUCCGACAUUCCGAGACAUCGGAUGGACUUGCAACCAUUGGCGAAGACGGCUAUUUGCACCUGAUGUGGACCUCUUUUCCAGCUACCAUAGCGCUCGGGGUGUCUCUCUACAUUAGCUCUUGCGAUUGGUCGUAUCGUGAUCUUGCGACUAUAUACCAUCUCUCCAGAGCUACAUGCACUUCUUCCGACCUCGAUCGCUCUCUAUUGGAUAUGCUGGGGUUUCGCGCGCUAUUCUACUCUUUCCGUUACCGUCUCUGGUCUGUCACAUUCUCUCAAAGCCUCGCCCUCGUUUGCGGGCUACUCACAUCCCUUGUCUCCAUCAUCUUCACACUCGAAGUCAUCCCGGGGUCGACACCAACUCAAUUCCAACAGCAGACUUGGUUUCAAUUAUGGCCCGAAAAAUGGGACCAAGCCUACGAGAUGAAACAAAAAACGUUCAGCAGUCUUUGGACUCUUCAGGAAGACACCAAGUUGACAUAUCCGAAAAACACAUUCGACGAUCUUGUGUUCCACGAUUUCGAGAGCAUCAACAACCUCGACCCGUCCAAAAACAUUUCAGUCGCAAUCACAACACCAGCUAGGAAGGUCGAAUUUCAGUGCACCCGUAUGAGCGAGGAAAGGUACCACCUCAGCCAUCAUAAGCUCGUUUCCACUGGCCAGCUCACGCGCUUCUACGGCACCAUAGGCGUCGAUUUCGAGUGUCCCGAAAGGGGCACAACUUUUACAAGUAGAGGGGAACUCGACCUCGGUGAAAAUGACCAAGCCCAUCUGUUUCAACCCAGAUACUUUUCAAGCAGACUUUCGUAUGUAUCGAACCCAUGCGAUCCUUCCUUGAACACGCAGACAAACUAUACGACGGCUCUGUACCCGACAUUUGUGUGGGGACAGUUCGACCCAGUUCUGGACGACUAUACCUUUGUUACUGUGUAUCAUUGCGAACAAUUUUGGGUCGAAGUCGACACGGAAAUCAAUCUAGUCUUUUCCGACGGCCAUCUAGCCAUCGACACGGAAAGGCCACCACGACCAGAUAUGUCGACCAUGAGGCCCUUGGACCCCCCUCUUGAUAUGCCUCCUUGGCCGUUCAUGGCGCCAGAUGCCGGCAUCGCUGAUGAACCGAGUGCAGCAUUCGGGGAUCCGGAACAGGAGAAGGAUGUACUGCAGUACUGGUUACACAACUACACGCGCAGCGCAGCGCAACUCGCCAACGUCAUGAACCGCAAGCCCAUCAGCGCCCAAGGCGGACCUUCACCGGCCCCGAUUAUAAACGCGACCGUAUGGGACAAUGGCCGCCGUCGGCUGGUACAGAACCCAACCAUCACGUAUGUCGUGGUAGGGAUCCUGGGAGGCGUCAUCCUAUUCAACAUCUGGACGCUGACGUCGGCCUUGAUUCGACGCUGCGGCGGCGGGGAUAGCUGGCUGCUGGACAUGGAUGCGAGGGGCCUGGCGCCGGACGGGUUCCACAGCAUUGCCGCGGCGGCGGGCCUGCUGCGCAACUCGAACGUCGCGGCGCAUCUGCCGCCUGGUGCCGAAAUGAUGUCUUUGGCUGAGUUGCACGGGCGCAUGACUGGUAUAGGCUUCCGGCUGGGAUGGUUCCGGAGGGAAUGUGAUCAGACGAGGCAUUACACUGUUGGUGUGAUGGGCGAUCCGGAGUUUAAUUACAUGGGUGUCAGAAGGAGUUCGAAGAGGGCCUUUGAGGGGGUUUCCAGCAAGGAGAGUGUAGCAACAUGA